CCUGUGGUUUUCGGCAGAAAGCUUUGCACCAUCGAGGCGCCCCCUUCCUCCCUGCCAACGUGCCUUGCUCAGGGUGGCUGGGGUACAGGCUGCCUAGCGAGCUCCCGCUGCCAGGUAAUUGAGAAUGAGCCCUCAACGAUGCUAAGUCUACAAUGGGAAGUGUCACACUCCGCUACUUCUGCUAUGGGUGCCUCUUCACAUCCGUGACCUGGACACUUCUGCUCUUUGUUUACUUCAACUUCAGUGAAGAGACCCAGGCCUUCAAGAAUGUGCCCGUCAAGGGGCUAGAGCCACAGAGGCCCUUCCCAAAAAAAUUUUUCCCCCGUUUUACCCGGGGGCCAGUUCGUAAACCUGCUCUGCAACAGAAAGAGAACAGAAUUGGCAAUCGUUUUGCAAAACAUGGCCAGGACCCAGUGAAGGGGGAGGCAGAUUUUUCUCCUGAAAUGGGGAUGAUUUUUAAUGAAGAAGAUCAGGAGGUGAGAGACUUGGGCUAUCAGAAACAUGCCUUCAAUAUGCUCAUCAGCAACCGGCUGGGGUACCACAGGGAGGUACCCGAUACAAGAGAUGCAAAGUGUAGAGAGAAGUCCUACCCUUCCGACCUGCCGUCUGCCAGUGUCAUCAUCUGCUUCUACAACGAAGCCCUUUCCGCGCUGCUUCGCACGGUCCACAGCGUCCUGGAUCGCACCCCCGCCUACCUCCUUCAUGAAGUUAUUCUGGUGGAUGACAACAGUGAAUUGGCUGACUUAAAGAAAGACCUGAGUGAAUAUGUCAAGACUCAACUUCCCAAAACCACCAAGUUGGUAAGAAAUGAGAAACGGGAAGGCUUGAUCCGAGGAAGGAUGAUUGGAGCCUCUCAUGCCACAGGAAAAGUCCUCGUGUUCCUGGACAGUCACUGCGAGGUGAACGAGAUGUGGCUGCAGCCUCUGCUGAGGCCCAUCAGGGAGGACCGCAGGACCGUGGUGUGCCCCGUCAUCGACAUCAUCAGCGCCGACACGCUCGCCUACAGCUCGUCGCCCGUCGUGCGCGGCGGCUUUAACUGGGGCCUGCACUUCAAGUGGGACCUUGUUCCCCUCUCCGAGCUGGAAGGGCCCGAGGGAGCCACGGCUCCAAUCAAGUCACCUACUAUGGCUGGAGGCCUGUUUGCUAUGGAUCGUGAGUACUUCAAUGAACUGGGACAGUAUGACAGUGGCAUGGACAUCUGGGGAGGAGAGAACCUGGAGAUCUCUUUUCGGAUCUGGAUGUGUGGGGGGAGACUUCUGAUCAUCCCCUGCUCCAGGGUGGGACACAUUUUCCGGAAAAGACGCCCCUAUGGCUCACCGGGGGGCCAGGACACUAUGGCUCAUAACUCGCUGAGGCUGGCCCACGUGUGGAUGGAUGAAUAUAAGGAGCAGUAUUUUGCUUUGAGACCUGAGCUAAGGACCAGGAGCUAUGGAAAUAUUACUGACCGUGUAGAACUGAGAAAAAGACUGAACUGCAAGUCAUUUAAGUGGUAUUUAGAUAAUAUCUAUCCUGAGAUGCAAAUAUCUGGCCCCAAUGCCAAAGCUCAGCAGCCGGUUUUUAUUAAUAGAGCGCAAAAGCGACCAAAAAUAAUCCAGCGUGGAAGGCUCUAUCACCUGCAGACCAGCAAAUGCCUCGUUGCCCAAGGGCACCCGAGCCAGAAGGGCGGCCUCGUGGUGGUGCGGGAAUGUGACUACAACGAUCCGAACCAGGUCUGGGUUUACAACGAGGACCACGAGCUGAUCCUGAACAACCUGCUCUGCUUGGACGUGUCGGAGACGCGCUCUGCGGACCCGCCGCGCCUCAUGAAGUGCCACGGCUCGGGCGGCUCGCAGCAGUGGACGCUCGGGAGGAACGGCCGCCUCUACCAGGUGUCCGUGGGGCAGUGCCUGCGGGUGGCGGACGCGCGGAGCCACAAGGGCUACGUGGCCAUGGCCAUUUGCGACGGGUCCCUGCCGCAGCAGUGGCGCUUCGAGGGCUGAGGCGGCACCGGCCCCGCAGCGACGCUCCAGCCCCAGCGCGUGGACGGGCGCCCGCCUGGACCUCCCGCAGCCCCAAACUGGGCUCAAAAGUAAGAAAAACGAUGCGGUUACGUUGCCCAAACGUGCGAGAUCUUUUUUUUUUAGCUGUGAGCAGCUUUUAAAUGACAGCGACAGGACGGCGGCCUCAAGCGUUUCAGACACAGCGUCUCAUUAGUUUUCAAUUCUAGUAUGAUUUUACUGGCCAAAUUAUUUUACUUUCACCUGGAAAGUAUUUUUAUUUCUUUUUAUCUUCUGAAAAAUGUAAUUUAGAAUAUUUAAGUUCUGGUAAUUUCCAGCUUUAGGCCGUUUCCUGUAGUUUGAAUUCUUAGCUGUCAUUUGUCACCUUGUAUUUAAAACAAAGUAACUAUUACAAAGUCUAUUUUGAUGACUGAUGACAGUAGCUACAUUUAAAAUAAAAGUAU